CUUCCAGCAUGUCAACUCCAAUCUCGCGAUAUUCCUACAAGGAAUUCUCUACCGAGAACUGAGCGCGAGAUUAUGCACAGGAAGCGAGGCGGUGCUACGAAGAAGACGAGAAAAGUUUUUAAUUAUGGUGCUGCUGCAUGUUCUGUUCGAGCAUGCUGCCGGCUACGCGCUCCUCGCCGUCAAAGAGGUGGAGGAGAUCGGCUUACUGCUGCCACAGGUGGAGGAGAGCAUCCUGAACAUUGGGAAGUUCAACAACGUGGUGAAGCUCUCGGCCUUUUACCCUUUCAAGUCUGCUCAGACCGCCCUGGAGAACAUCAAUGCCAUCUCUGAGGGAGUUGUGCACGCUGACCUGAAGCUCUUCCUGGAGACCAACCUGCCCCCUGCUGGUAAGAAGAAGAAGACCCUCCUGGGCGUGGGCGAUGCUAAGAUCGGGGCGGCCCUGCAGGAGGAGCUGGGGUUCUCCUGUCAGACCGGGGGCGUGGUCGCCGAAAUACUCAGAGGCGUGCGUCUGCACUUCCACAGUCUGGUGAAGGGUCUGACGGCCCAGGCCGCCUCUAAAGCCCAGCUGGGCCUGGGCCACAGCUACUCCAGGGCCAAGGUCAAGUUCAACGUCAACCGGGCCGACAACAUGAUCAUCCAGUCCAUCGCCCUGCUGGACCAGCUGGACAAGGACAUCAACACCUUCUCCAUGAGAGUGCGCGAGUGGUACGGGUACCACUUCCCCGAGCUGGUGAAGCUGGUGAGCGAUAACUCCACGUACUGCCGGCUGGCGCGCCUCAUCGGGAACAGGAAGGAGCUGAGCGAGGAGAGCCUGCCAGGGCUGGAGGAGGUGGUGAUGGACAGCGCCAAGGCCCAGGCCAUCCUGGACGCCUCCCGCAGCUCCAUGGGUAUGGACAUCUCCCCCAUCGACCUGAUCAACAUCGAGAGCUUCUCGGCCCGGGUCAUCUCUCUGGCUGAGUACCGGCAGGAACUGCAGGAGUACCUGCGGUCCAAGAUGGGCCAGGUGGCCCCCAACCUGGCCGCCCUCAUCGGGGAAGUGGUCGGAGCGCGUCUCAUCUCCCACGCUGGCAGCCUGACCAACCUGGCGAAGUACCCCGCCUCCACCGUUCAGAUCCUAGGAGCAGAGAAGGCACUGUUCAGGGCCCUGAAGACUCGAGGGAACACGCCCAAAUACGGCCUGAUCUUCCACUCGACCUUCAUCGGCCGAGCCGCAGCCAAGAACAAGGGCCGGAUCUCCCGUUACCUGGCCAACAAGUGCACCAUCGCCUCACGCAUCGACUGCUUCUCCGAGGUCCCCACCAGUGUGUUUGGGGACAAGUUGAGGGACCAGGUGGAGGAGCGGCUGUCCUUCUACGAGACGGGCCAGGCCCCGCGCAAGAACCUGGACGUCAUGAAGGAGGCUGUGGGCCAGGCCGCUGAAGCAGCAGCAGAGAUCCAGCGGAAGCAGGAGAAGAAGGAGAAGAAGAGGAAGAAGAGGGAGAGGAAGAGGUUGUUGGCCCUGGCUGAGGGAGGGGAGGAGAGCGAGGCCAAGCAGGAGGAGGUGAACGGAGAGGUGAGCGAGGAGGCAGAAACUCCCGUGAAGAAGAAGAAGAAGCAGGAGGCUGAGGAGGAGGAGGAGGCUGAAGACCAGGAGAACGGCGAGAUGGAGGCGACAGAACCUCCCCCGAAGAAGAAGAAGAAGAAAAAGAAGCAGCAAGCGGAGGAGGAGACGGUGAGCGGGGAGGUGGAGGAGGUGGAGGAGGAGGUGGAGACUGAGAACGGGGUGGAGGACCAGCCUCCGGCCAAGAAGAAGAAGAAGAGAAAGAGCGAGGCCAUGGAGGCGGAGCCUGUGGAGGAAGAGGAGGAGUCUGCCCCCGCGGAGAAGAAAAAGAAGAAGAAGAAGAAAGCGGUGGAGGAGGAGGGGGAAUGAGAGGGCUCUCCCGCGCCUCAGACUUCACAACGCUUUUAUUUCGUAUCGACUGAGAUUUUUUAAGCUCCCGUGUCGUGUCGUGUAGCCAUGAGCUUAAGGUCUUGCUUGUUUAUAGGAACAGCACCGCUGGCAGAAAACAUGACGGGUCUCUUACCGCUCGCUAACCUUAUUCAUGUUUCAAGUGUUAAUCAGAUUAAUAUCUCCUCCUACCAUCAGCCGAUGUUCCUGAUUGGCUGGCAGUAGACUGACUCUGGUCACUGUGACUCUGUGAUCUGUAGUUGCUGUGUUAAUGUGCAUGUAGUCCAGGGCAGUCACAUGCAUGAAGCGUCACUUUUCUACCCGUUUCAAACUCUUUUUGUGGUCUGCUGGGAGACACGAGCAGACCCAGGGUACUGUCCUUCCCUCAGUGAAGCCUGGAAGGCAGCAGUUUGUAGAACUAGAAAACUUAACACGACGGGUUUAGCAAACUAGCUAGCUCAGUAGAUAGACAUAGAUAGAUUUGAUAAAAAUACAUCGAAGAUGUAGUAUGUGCACAUAAUGUGUGGUUGGCAGAGCUGAACCUGCUGCCUUCCAGGAGUUACUGAGGUAAGAAAAGUAACAUGGGGCCACAAGCAGUGGUUGCUGCCCUCUGUUGUAGAGCUGAGGAUAUUAACCGUUAUUUUCCGCAUAGCGCUCGCCUCUCGACUCGCAACCGCAACGUUUCACUGCUGCUCAGAGCCUUUAAUAUCAAAGUGCAUCUAAUCACAGGGUCAGAUUCAUCAUUUCCCAUACCGUCCUUUGUGUUUUAGCCCCCACCCUCUGGGGAGUUUUCUAACCGCAGUAAAGAGCCUCGUGCCUUUCACCCCCUAUGUAUUUAUCAGCUAAAAAUGAGCUUUUUAAAUGGUGUGGUGAUAACGCCCUUGAUUGCAAUCACAAAAUCACAUGCUGGCGUAAGCAGAUUUUUAGGGAAGAAGCACCGGGGUGUAUAUACUUAUUCAUACACUGUUCGUGUAAGAAGUUGGCCAGUAGCAGCCAUGGCAGUUUGAUCUGUUUAGCACUGCAAGAUGAAUUUGAAAAAGGCUAGCUGUAACAUUAGCCAUUUAGCAUCGGCUCUUUAGAAGGCAGCAGUUUUUAAUCGCACCGUCUGUCUGGAAUUCAAAUUAAUACCGAUGGACUGAAGUCUGCAGAUGAAUGUCUAUAAAUGUCUGAAUGAACGUGCUAUUUUUAGUUUAAUGUCUAUAAAACGAAAUGGGCUACUUGUGUAAUUGGGUUGAGGGUUACGUUUCAACACUCAGGCCAGUGGUUCAGUCUGUGAAGGCACUUGUUCCAAGUGCAGGCUGGGAUCUGUAACCUUUAGAUAACCUGAUUCCAGGCUACACCUUUGGUCAACAAGGAAACCACAGUGGAGGAAUCCUAUUGGCUGUGUCCCAGCAGGGUUGGGUGAGAUUAAGUCAAUCUUUGUUCAAGAUAAUAUUGAAAAACCAACCAAACCAUUUUUGUUAAACUGGCUGAGGCAGGUCAGGAAAUCCUGUUGUCUGUUUAUGUGCUGAAGCUGCAGCUGAACCUUCACCCAAUUCAUCUGGUGAAACUGCAUCACAAGUGUCACCUAUAAAAUACCAUCGACACAUUCACCUUUCCUCCGGUUAUGACUGGAUUAAGCAGUGAGGGGCGGUUCUAAGAUGGCGUCUUAAGAAAUUCAUGGUCCACUGCUCUGACAUUUUUAACCAUUCCUGCUACGUAGUCACGUCCAUGAUGGUGUAAUUUUUUAAGGCUCCUUAAUAAAAUUUUGUAAAAAGUGUCGUCACGUCCAUGCCACUUUUGUUUGAUGCACAAAUGGGAAAUUACUUUUAAAACUGUCAAAAAAUGUUUUGAAAAGUUGAGCCUUUAAUACAUACGUUUUAAAUGUUUUUGAGAGCCAGCCUGAAGGGUUCCUUCAAGGCAUACCGAUCAAGGUUUUGUUGAUGCCAUUUUUGAAAACUUUUCUCAGUAUGUUUAUUGGAGUGCUUUUAUUUUGGGAAAUUAUUCACUGGGCCUUGAGGAUCAGGCAUUAGACCCAAAUGUGCUUUUAUCUGAAUUUGGAAUGGAGACCCUGGGUUGCACAUGCACAGGUGCACAUUCUAAGCUCCCAACAGUUCCUACACUGCACUGGGGUAUAUUAGCUCACCUGAGCAUACUGUGUGAGGUGGAAGUCAGUUUUAAUCUCCACCCCCCCCCCCCCCCCAUUUGUGUUUUAAACCCAAUUAAAAACAUUUCUGACUUUAAUUUAGCAUGUCCACAAUCCCAUCAAUGCGUGUGCAAUAUUUCGGUUUGUGUGAAAUGAAUCGCAGACAUACUGAAAACUGUUCAGAAUUUUUAUUCAGUGGGCAAUAAGGAUUAAAAUGAAAUAAAAUAUCAAA